CAGCACUCACUCUCACACCGCAGAAGAAGUUCCCUCUGUCACAACAUCCGUCAGACGUCAUCGUGCUGAUUAUGUGUUAUUUUAAGGAUGUUCAGGACUCCGCAUGUGAAGGCCUGUGUGAAUCUGCUGCGGAUUCACAGACUGUCGCUCAGAGACGCUCAGAUCCAUCUCCAGCACCGAUGCUUCUGCUCCAGAUCUGCUCUCACACCUCCUCAUAGAGGCGUUUCUGCAGGUUCAGACUCUUCUGAACGCGUCCGGAUAUCCAUUAGCACUCGUUUUCUUUUAGCACGCAUGAACUUCAGCUGCGUACACUCUACAAACUCUGUCCUGCUGUUUGCACAUCGCAGUUUGAGUGCGUCUCCAUCAGCGCUCUCCACUAUAGUGAGUCCUCCUGAAGGCUGCACGAGGAGACACACACACCGCUGCGGUCUAAAUCAGCAGUCGUGUGUUAGCAUUAGCGCAGGCCUGUGGACGAGGAGUGUGUGCGCUGAGAGCCGACCCGCAGUGUUUGCUCUUCAGAGCCGCAGUCUGCACACAAACACACAGUUUGAGGAGUGUGUGUCUGCGCUGAACGAGGCGCGCUGCAGACGCACGCUGCAGGCCAACGCUGCGCUGUACGAGCGGGACACACACCGCUGGGCCGCGGUGCUGGUGUGUCUGUGUGUGUCGCACGGAGAUCCUGCGCUGCUCUUCACACUCAGAUCCGCACAGCUGAAGGGCAGACACAAAGGAGACGUCAGCUUUGCAGGAGGAAAGAAAGACCCGUCAGACAGGACUGUCGUGGAUACGGCGCUCAGAGAAGCUGCUGAGGAGCUGGGAAUCCACAUCCCUGAGGAGAAGGUGUGGGGUGUGCUGAAACCACUGCGGGAUAAGUCUGGAAUGAUGAUAGCGCCUGUAAUAGCCAACAUCGGCCCACUGGAGGCGCUUUCUUUCCAGCCAAACCCCAGUGAGGUAGAGGAGAUCUUCACCCUGACUCUGGAGCAUUUGUGUGAGCCCCAGAACCGAGGAUACACACACUUCCGCACAGGUGAGCAUUACGGAUACACACUGCCUGUGUUUCUCAGCCCGAAGCACCGGGUCUGGGGUCUGACAGCGGUGGCUCUGGAUCAAGCUCUGAAACUCAUCGUCCCACCAGAGCGGAUGCCGGAGCGCAGAGUAAUACAGCAGCAGCGGGACGCUUCAUAAACACACAGGUCACACACAUUCAGCUGCAGGAAUGAACUAUGGGUCAUAUUUCAGCAAUAAACUAAAGGGAACAAGCGCUUCUGCUGUCACUGGACCAGCUGCACGGCAAUAUAAUGCUGUUCUGACUGUGAGUUCUGUCUUGUUUCCAGUCCAAACACCUUUAAACUCUUAAAUCAAGAAGCAUUUUCUAGACAAGCUAAACAAUAGUGUUUUUUUCAGAAAUAAGGAGUCAAAAUGAAGAGAGUUUCUCAUUAAAACAAGCAGAAUAAUCUGACUGUGGAGGAAGAAUCUUGUUUUGGAUUUGAAAUAACAUUAUUUCUCUUCCCCAUGGGCAGAUUAUUCUGUUGUUUCAGCUUUUGCAUGUCUCACAGUGGCCAUUAUUGUAAAAACCUUUUAAAGCUGCAGUCUGUAGCUUUUUUUUGCUUAUCCAAAAUAAAUAAUUGAGUACAUGACCUGCCAAUAUCUGCUCACCUUAGCCCGAUUCACAGCUGUAAGCUCAUAAUAAUGUUUUAUAAUUGGAGAUUAGCUGAUAGGGAAACACAUCUGUGUGAACACAACCCACUGAGGGUGGAGACUAUGCUAAUGCAGGACUGUCAAUCAUUGUCUGUGGGCGGAGUCUAAACACAACCCACUGGGGGUGGAGACUAUGCUAAUGCCGGACUGUCAAUCAUUGUCUGUGGGCGGAGCCUAAACACUACCCACUGAGGGCGGAGACUAUGCUAAUGCAGGACUGUCAAUCAUUGUCUGUGGGCAAAGCCUAAACACAACCCACUGAGGGCGGAGACUAUGCUAAUGCAGGACUGUCAAUCAUUGUCUGUGGGCGGAGCCUAAACACAACCCACUGAGUGGAGACUAUGCUGAUGCAGGACUGUCAAUCAUUGUCUGUGGGCGGAGCCUAAACACAACCCACUGAGGGCGGAGACUAUGCUACUGCCAGUGAUGUCAAUCAGUCAUUGUGCUGCCGUGCUCUUAUGAAAAUGAUCAAGUGUUAUGAGGACUGUUAUUCACACUGAAUGUAUUUGGGGGAUUUCACACUGUAGUCCCCCAAUCAUAACCUGACAGGUUGUUUUAAACAUGAGCCUGUGAAUUUAUUUAUUAAAUACCUAUAAUGAAAGUGUUUCAAAGCUUCA